UAUUUGUAUUUCUCACUGGAGAAGCAAAAGCAAUCUGCAAAGCACCCGUGGUUAUGACACCUUUACCGGUUUUGUUAUACGUUUAUUGCAAAUUGCAAUUUUACUGAGAAAUAAGGCGUAGUGAAAUUGUUACAAUGUUUCGCACAGUUAUUUCACAAGCGCGCAAACAAGUCGCCCGGUUAAACAAUGUACGGUACUUGUCUCAAGAAGAAAAUCUACGAUACACGCCGUCAGAAGUGAAUGAGGCCUCGAGUAUAGAAAAGUGUGUAAAUAAUGUAACAUUACUUGGAAGAGUUGGAACUGAGCCUCAGAAACGUGGAAGCGCUGAGCAUCCAGUUGUGAUAUUCUCCCUUGCAACACACACGAAUUAUAAAUAUGAAGCAGGUGAAUUUAUGCAAAGAACAGACUGGCACAGGAUAUGUGUCUUUAAGCCUAAUUUAAGAGACACUGUAUAUAAAUAUCUAAAAAAGGGUAAGCGAGCGAUGAUAAAUGGUAGAAUAAGCUACAAUGAAGUUACAGGUGCAGACGGAAACGUAUCCACCAGUACAUCUAUCAUAGCAGACGAUGUAAUAUUUUUCCAGUAAAAAGUUUUUACAUGUAAAUAAUACAUAUAUUUUGUCUUUUUUCUAAUAAAAUUAAUGUAAUAGAAAUAGACGUUUCUCUUUAUUCUGCAAACUAUGGACAAUUAGAUAUGUAAAAGUAAUAAAAUAUAUUUCUGUUAAUUUUCAAACGUCAAAAAAAUUUUCUGAUUUUAAUAUUAAUGGAAUUUUUGUUGUAAUUAAAUUUAUGGAAAUCUGGUGACCAAAUGUACAUUAAUUGAGAAUUAAUGUCUGAAAUAAAUUUAUUUUCAGCAGA